CUGUUUUAUAACCGACAUUCUAAACAUGUUAGUAGAUUGGUGUAAGAAGUGACAGCAUUCCACUUCUGUAACAGCAGCCAUGAGCAUUGUUCUUAUUGUAGGUGUGUAUCUGGUAGCCGUGUUGGUUGGGGCAGAGUCGGUCUACACCCUGGCGCCCGACCCCGAGAUCUACAUGAACACUACGGAGCUGAUCACCAGCAAGGGCUUCCCGUGUGAGAACCAUUACGUCACGACAGAGGACGGCUUCAUCCUCAACAUGCAGCGGAUCCCCCACGGCAGGGGGAACGACACCCCGGGGACAGCCAAGCCAGCUGUAUUCCUGCAGCAUGGCCUCCUCGGAAGCUCGAAUAAUUUCGUUCUCAACCCAGCCAACGAGAGCCUCGCUUUCAUCCUGGCCGACGCAGGCGAUGACGUGUGGCUUGGCAACAUACGCGGAAACACUUACUCACGUGCUCACAAGACGCUGAAACCAUCGGACAACAAGUUCUGGGAAUGGAGCUUCGACGAGAUGGCGAAGUACGACCUGCCCGCCAUGAUUGACUACAUCGUACGGACGACCGGGCAGCCCCAGAUCCACUAUGUCGGUCACUCUCAGGGGACACUUAUCGGCUUCGCGGGCUUCAGUCAGAACAAGACUCUGGGUCGGCUGGUCAAAACCUUCAUCGCUCUGGCCCCAGUAGCGACAGUGGGACACAUCAAGAGCCCGCUCAGAUUAUUCGCACCAUUGUCUAAAGAAUUUAAGCUGUUUGAUCUUUUCGCCAUGGCCACGGCGAUUCGGCCACGGCGAGUUCAGCAGCAGCAGCAACCUGACGAAGUGGUUAGCGAAGGAUGUCUGCAAGGGUCUGCCCGUCCUCUGUGAGGACUUCUUCUUCGUCAUCAGCGGCUUCGACUUCGCAGAAGUAAACAAGAGUCGCGUGCCAGUGUACGUGGCCCACACACCCUCCGGCACCUCUGUGCAGAACAUUAUGCACUUUGCACAGGAGGUCAACACCGACCAGUUUGUGAAGUACGACUACGGCUCGGCAGCUGCUAACAUGGCCCAUUAUGG